AUGUUUGCAUUGUUCUUCUCUCUUCGACCCCGGGGGACAUUCGCCCUCGGGGUGGUCGGUCAAAUACGUCUGUCCUCUUCGAAGCGAUGGCAGGCUCGUCAGCAUAAUGACCAGUUUACAAGGGAAGCUGCCGUUCAAGGUCUGAAAAGCCGAGCUGCGUUUAAGCUGUUACAGAUUGACGAAAAGUAUCGCCUAUUCAAGGGCGGCCAGACCGUCGUCGACUUAGGCUAUGCGCCGGGCUCGUGGUCACAGGUCGCCGUGAACCGGACUCAGCCGAACGGGCGAGUCCUCGGUGUCGAUAUUAUCCCAGCCCAGCCACCGAAAGGAGUUUCGACCAUCCAGGGCAAUUUUCUGGCACCCGAGAUCCAGGCUUAUAUCCAGGAUUUUUUGCGCAAUCCAAACAGAGGCAGGCCUCGACAAUUGGGUGUACUCAACGAUGCUGGUGGUAGUCUGCUUGAGCCCGGGAUGAUCUCGGAGGCAGCCCAAACGGACAGGGAGAAGUGUGAAAGAACGGUGGAUGUGGUCCUCAGCGAUAUGUGCGAACCCUGGCACCAGACAUCUGGUUUCUGGAAACGAAGUCUAAGUGAUCCUUAUCGCAGGAUGAUGAACACCAGCGGGAACAAUUUCAGAGAUCAUGCGGGAAGCAUGGACCUUUGCAAUGCUGCUCUACGCUUUAGUUCGGAUGUUCUCAAGGUCGGGGGCCAUUUCGUCUGUAAAUUCUACCAAGGAGCAGAGGACAAAGACUUGGAGCAACAGCUCAGGAAUUUGUUCCAGAAAGUUCACCGACUGAAACCCGAAUCAUCUCGCAGUGAAUCGAAAGAGUCGUUCUUUGUUGGCCUUGACCGCCGGCCAUGA